CGCAUCGAUCCGGUCCGAUCCGGUCCGAUCCGGUCCGGUCCUGAGGGAUCCGGUCCGACCCGACCCGCGCUCGGGGAGGAUGGAGCGUGCGGAGGUGCGGUUCAGCCUGGCGUACGUGUCGCUGUCGGUGUUGGUGGUGUGCCCGCCCAGCGAGGCGCAGGGCCUGGGCCUCACCGUGCAGCGCCUGCUGGCCGCCUGGCUGGGCAGCGAGCACCGCCACUUCGUCCGCUACCACUGCCGCAGGACCGCCGCCACCGGGCUCCUGCACGCCCUCCUGCCCCUCGGGUAUUACAUCGGAAUGUGCUUUGCGGCCCCAGAAAGGAAACUCUACCACGUCAGCCUGCUGUCGGACGGCUGGAGAAUGUUCCUGGCGCUUGCCGUGGCUCUUCCCACGAUCGCCGGCACCUUGGCCUAUUACUGGUCGAGGAACGGGUGGGCUAACCACCCACUAGCCAGGACCUUAGCCCUCUUCGCCCUCCCGCCGACCGGCUGGCAGGCGGUGGCGUCUUCCAUCGAUACGGAAUUCCGGCGGAUCGACAAGUUUGCCACGGGGCCGCCCGGAGCCAGGGUGAUCGUGACGGACACGUGGGUGAUGAAGGUGACGGCGUAUCGGGUACACGUUGCUCAGCAGCAGGACAUUCACCUGACCGUAACGGAUUCUCGGCAGCACGAGCUCUCGCCGGAUUCCAGUUUGCCGGUACAGUUUCUCACCAUCAGCGUGGCCAGCGUUCAUCCCUACGUGAAAGCAUUUGAUAUCCGGUUGAAUUCUACCGAAUAUGGCGAGUUGAAGGAAAAGCUCCGUGCUCCUAUCCGCAAUGCCGCUAAUGUUGUGAUCCGCCAAAGCCUCAGUGACUUAUUCUUAGAUACAUUUACAUCUCUGGUGGAGAGAAACCAGUCAUACUCAGUGCCCAGCAAUCAGGAACUGGAGCCUUGUAUCGGCUGUAUGCAGAUGAGCGCCAACAUCAAGCUCGUGAAGACCUGCCGGGAAGAGUCAGAAGGAGAAUGCCAGCCGUGUUACUGCCGGCCGAUGUGGUGCCUCGCUUGCAUGGGCAAAUGGUUUGCCAGCCGGCAGGAUCAGCAACACCCUGAAACCUGGCUCUCGAGUCAAGUGCCUUGUCCCACCUGUCGGUCUAAAUUUUGUAUUUUGGAUGUUUGCCUAAUCCGCUGAGCCUCUGAAUAUAUUAGGGGAUUUUGGAAGAGGUUGACAGAAACCCCAUUGGGCCCGCACACACUCUGUUGCUGUCAGCGGAGUUGUGGCAUUACCAAAGUCUCCAAGACUCUUUUCGCUUUCUUACUCCCCCACGUGACCCAAAACUCUGCUGCUUUGGGGCUUCUCUCCUUCACUGCACUGCUUUUUGGGGUUGAUUUUAAUUCCAGGGUUGUGGGAGACUGCAGUAAGUAGUGUGGUACGUAGACCUUGACCUGGACAGCCAAGAACAUUUGCUUCUCUGUAGUCUUCUGGGAUAUCCCGAUCUCUGGGUGUACCGAGAAAUCCCAGGCCAGAUAAUCAGUCUUCUGUCUAGACUAGCAAAGGGCUAUAACUUGUUUUUCAGGUGAAACCAUGUGAACUAUCGCUCCUGGGAUAAAGUUCUUUCUGUGUGGUUUUUGCAAGAGGAUCUCUCCGUGGCUUGGGACUUAGAACUUUCAGACCCCAGCAAGGUUUGUGAAUGAAGGCAUGACUUGAAGGAAGAAGGUUUGGAGAGUUUAUAUAGUAGGUUCUGUUGGCAGAAUGAAACCCUAAAGUUUUCAUUCUAACUCUCUGUUUUGGUAUUUUGUAAGUGCUUACAACUAAGCACCGUGGGAGAGGCAGGCUAAUCAGUGUGGACGCAAUCCAUGUCCCGCAUGGGGCUCACAGCAUUAAUCCCCAUUUUCAAGUGAGGUAACUGAGGCAAAGAGAAGUGAUGUGCCCGAAGUCACACAGCUGACACAUGGCAGAGCCCAGGAUUAGAACCCGGGUCCUCUGACUCCUGGGCCUGUGCCCUCUCUAUUAGGCCACGUCACUCCUUGAACACUUGCCUGCUGUGGCACCUUGGGCAAGUCCCUUAACUUCUCUAAGCUCAUUUUGGACAGAGAAUGUGUCUGUUAAAUUGUUGUACUCUCCCUGCACACAAAUACGAUUGAUUGAUUUUGUGCCUCAGUUUCCUCAUCAGUAAAAUGGGGAUUCAAUACCUGUUCUCCUUCCUACUUACACUGUGAGCUCCAAGAAGGACGGGGUCUGUUUCCGACCUGAUUAUCUUGUAUUUACUCCGGGGCUUGCUUCUUGCCGUGCUUGGCACAUAGUAAGCGCUUAACUCUUUUUCACGUUUGUUAUAUGGGUAUAAGUAAAACAACUCUCCUCGGUU